UCGACUUGAUGGCUGAUGAUGCAUUGUAAGCCAUUGGAUCUAGGGUACCAGAUGAGACUGCUUAACGCAACCUCGUGUUUCGUUCUUCUCUGGUGACUGGUGAGUGCGGCGACGCUGGCCUGCAGUGGUGCGACUUUUCACCGACGACGCUCGUUGUGCAAGCAGCUAAGUACCACGACGCUCUUGUGCGAGCAGCUUCUAUUCGCUGGACGGAUGGUGGUUCUACGAUUAAGUACUAGGGUUCAGACUUCAUGAGUUUUAAACACCGUGUAUAAUUGAUUUUGGUGGUGAUUCCAAUUCGGAAGUGCAACCGCAGAAAGAAGAAUGAGCAACUCCAUGCCUUUUGUUCUGCUAAUAUUAUUACUUUCGGUUUUACGUUACUCAAGCGCCGAAGAAGCUUUCCAUGUUCGCAAACAUCUCUCCACUGUCUCUAGAUAUGGUGCUGCGAAAGACAUUGCUGACAAUAACUUCGUACCUUCCAAAAUCCCCAAGGGAUGUGUUCCGAUCCAUUUGAAUCUCGUGGCGAGGCAUGGAACUCGAUCUCCUACAAAGAAAAGGAUAAAGGAGUUAGAUAAUUUGUCAGAGCGUCUGGAAGUUCUUGUAAGGGAUGCAAAAGAGAGAAAUUUGCCUUUGGAGAGAGUUCCUUCUUGGCUAAAUGAAUGGAAAUCUCCCUGGCAGGGAAGGCGUAAGGGCGGCGAAUUAGUUAUCAAAGGAGAGGAAGAGUUAUAUGAUAUUGGAAUCAGGAUUAGGGAAAGGUUUCCAAAUUUGUUUGAUGAGGAAUACCAUCCAGACAUAUAUCCUAUUAAGGCAACUCAGGUUCCCCGGGCAUCUGCUAGUGCUGUUGCAUUUGGAAUGGGGCUUUUCAGUGGCAAUGGAAGUCUUGGACUUGGGCAUCACCGAGCCUUUGCUGUUACUAGUGAAAGUCGUGCUAGCGACAUUGUGCUGAGAUUUCAUGAUUGUUGUCAUAAUUACAAGGCUCAUCGGAAAAGCCAGGAACCUGCAGUUAGUAAACUUAAGGAACCUAUAUUGGAUGAGAUUACAUCUGCAUUGAUUGGGCGCCAUGGGCUGAAUUUUACGAAGCAGGAUACAUCUUCUCUCUGGUUUUUGUGUAAACAGGAAGCAUCCUUGUUGGAUAUAACUAAUCAAGCGUGUAGUCUUUUCCGCCCUCCUGAGAUUGAAUUGCUGGAGUGGACAGAUGAUCUGGAGAUGUUUAUUCUGAAGGGUUAUGGUAAAUCACUAAACUAUAGAAUGGGACUGCCAUUACUUGAAGAUGUUGUUCAAUCCAUGGAACAGGCUAUCGUGGUUGAAGAAGAAAGACAUGCUCCUGGCAGUUUUGAAAAGGCAAGACUUCGGUUUGCGCACGCUGAAACUGUAGUUCCAUUCUCAUGUCUGCUUGGUUUAUUUCUUGAAGGAUCUGAGUUAAAAAAAAUUCAGAAGGAGCAACCUUUGCAGCACCCUCCAAAGCCUCCACAGAAAAGAAAAUGGCGGGGUAGCACUGUGGCCCCUUUUGCUGGUAACAACAUGUUAGUCUUGUAUAGUUGUCCUGCUCCAGACAAAUCUACCAGCAAGCACUUCGUGCAAGUGUUACACAAUGAACACCCUGUUCCAUUGCCAGGUUGUGAUGGCUCUGAUUUCUGUCCAUUUGAAGUAUUCAAGGAAAAAAUAGUUGCACCUCAUCAGAAGCAUGACUACCAUACAGUCUGUAAUGCAAAGCUAGAGCAGGAGCCCUCGGGCAGCAAGGUUUUUCAAAUAUUUAAGUGGCUUUCCUCACUAGGGAAAGGUGAUAAGUAUCCUAAAGAUGAAUUUUAGUUUGGUGAUACCACCUCUUAAUGAAUUUUCAGACAUGAGCGCCUAUUCCUUCUAGCAGAGAAUCAGUUUUACUUAGAUUGUGCUGCCAGUACAGGAAUGCCUUUGUUUUCUCAAGCUUGGUGCCUGAGCUCUCCUCCUCUGUAGCUUCUAACACCAAGAGAAUUUGGAGGUGGAAAGUUUAGUUCUAAAUGUCUUUUUUAUUUUUUCCUUAGUAGCAUUACUCUCAGUACUCGACUGAUACCACAGAUAAUGUAGCUUAAUGUGCCGUACUACGCACACUCUUAGUUUCAUUAGCUCUCUCUUGGACUACACUUUUGUUCUUUUUGAAUAAUGGAUAAUGGACCAGCUAACCUCUGACUUCUGCUAAUGUUCAUGUUUUUGUGUUUCUUGUUGCUGCUGUCGAUAAAUGGUAAGAUUUAAUGAGACAAAUAAGCCUAGUCAUAAGUCAUGCAUGAAUCGCUUGCAACAAUGUUUCACGAGUGAUAACGUUUAACCUGAUAACUUAAUUAGUGGCAACUUUUUACACUAUAACAUCAACUUUUUACAUGCCUCCAUUGAUUGGUUUACCAAUUACAGAGGCUAAGACCUCAACUACAAAUAGUGCUAGGCUUCAUGUCAGUUCUCACUCGUGAAGUUAAGGAAGUUGGCCAUGGUGGGAAAGAGGUGACUAGGGCGGUGCCAGCUGUAUCAGAAAAAGUGAAGGAUUCUCUUGUGAAGAACAUUAGAAGAUGAAUGACCCCCCAACCCUUGAAAAUUAGGGCAGAUAUUGAAAUGAAAUGAAAUGUUUUCAAUUUGAUGAAAUUCUUCACAUUAAGGAGGCAAUGAGUAAGGAUGAAGCUGCUGGAAACGAUGACUGCCCUGUCAAAAUUAAACUUGUUGCUCCCCCACUUUAUGUUCUUACCACCUAGACACUGGACAAGGUAAUUUGUGUAUUUUGUUACGGUCUGAACAGGAGCAAGGAAUAUUGGUUAUCAACAAUGCCAUUGCUUCUUGCACUAAAGCAAUAGAAUGACACAAGGGUAAACUUGUGGUUAAGGAGGCAGCUAGAGCACUGAGUGUCAACUUCCUCUAUUUGUUUUUUGAUUAUCAUCUAUAUAUUCUAUCCAUGUACAAAAUUGCCCAUCUGCCUUUGUUCCUCUAUCUUUUGAUGUCAGUCAAUAUAGGGAGAGUAGAAUUAUAGUACUCUUAUUUUGGGAGGUUUGACACUGCAUUGUGAUUUGUGAGUGAACAUGAUGAUAAAUUGCUUGCUAAGGUCAGUGGUGAUGAAGACAGUGAGGAGGAAGAAGAUACAGUAAUGGGUGAGGUUGAUGUGGAUAAUGGUGCCGGAAUAACGGAGUGACAAAACUGUGGGUAUAGUAAGGCAGGCAUAGAUAGCCGAGUAGGGAUCUACUAAUUUUGUCUUUCUUUUUAUUCUUUACAAACUGUCUUUAAAUGUGGUUUUAUAAUACAAACUUGAAUUGCUUUA